AUGCUCUACGCCUCGACCUCGUCCCUCACCGUCGCCCUGGUGGCCUCGGCCGCCGUCUUUGCCUCGCAGGCACAAGCCCUCCCGACCAGCCGCUCGACGUCGACCGUUGCGCGCCGGGCCCACAUUGCCUCGCACCACAGCCGCGCCGCACGCGCCGUGCCCGCCACCGCCGACUCGACCACCUCGCUCGGCGACCACUCGAUCGUCGUCGACGCGUCCACCUCGGCCGACGCCGGCCAGGGCGGCAUCCGCAACUCGACCGUCAACCUCACGUCCAUCUCGAAGCGCACAAAGGCCGACCGCGAGGGCACCCUCUCGUCCUUCUCGCGCGUCGUGCGCUCCCUCUUUGGCCGCGCCGUCCCCGCCGCGCCCGCCGUCUUCAAGCCCCUGCCCCUCACCUACUCGCCGCCCGUCUCGGGCAAUGCCGCACCCUCGGCCUCGUCGUCGUCGUCGCACAAGAAGCGCCGCAGCCACCACAAGAAGCGCCGCGUCGUCCGCCAGCCUCGCGCCAACGCCCCGCUCAAGGGCAACACGCGCACCCUGCCCAACGGCCUUAUCCUCGAGCUCGCCGACACCCACACCCACCUCCACCUCGCCAACGUCAAGCGCCGCCAGAACCAGGCCGUCGCCGCCGCCCAGCUCGCCCACGAGCGCCGCCAGGCCAACUACACCCUCGCUGCGGCCCAGGCCUCGGCCUACUCGGUCGCCGUCGCCGCCCUUGGUGACGCCGAGCCGACCGCGAGCCCGGUCGUCGACGCCCAGGCCGCCGCGCCCACCUCGUUCGUAAACAUGACGGGCCCGCCCCGCUCGUCGCUCAACGACACGGCCGGCGCCAUCGCGGCCGCCCUCUCGCCCGUCACCCUCACCAUCACGCUCGUCCCCUCGGGCAUCGACGGCGCCCUCGUCGACGCCGCCUUCCUCCCGACCGCGACCGCCUCGCCCUCGCCCUCGCCGGCCAAGUCGAGCGCCGCCGCCGUCGUGCGCUCGUCGUCGCCGAGCAUCUCGAACCCCAAGGCGUCGAGCACGCGCGAGUCGAGCCCGGACCCGACCUGGACCGCCAUCCUCGCCGCCUUCUCGGCCUACACCCCUCCCUUGGCCGCCACCGCCUCGCCCGCACCUGCGCCCGCCUCGGCGGCGCUGAGCGCCGUCAAGCGCGGCAUGGAGCGCCGUGUCGUCGCGCGUGUGCCCGGUGCGCACCCGCGUCGCGCCCCGGUCGUGCAUGCGGCGCCGGUCGUCAAGUACUACCCGGCGCCGGCCUAG